AUGUGGCCGAAUAGCUUAACAACAACCAUUUCAAUUUGAAGUUCUUUCAAGUUGUCAACCAUUUUAUUUUAAUGACAUUUAAUACUUCAGAAAGUUGCAUUUCAGUAUUUCUUUAAUUUAAUUUUAAUAAAAUUAAUUCACAUUGUAUUCAUUUAAAUCCUUAGAAGCAAAAAUCCAAUAAUGGCCCUAUCACCAUGGUUGAAGUCCCCUUUUACAGACUUAACGGGAUCUCUAGUAAAUCACCAGUGGUACGGAGAAUGUGCUGAUAUGGAAUUAAAAGUUUUAGACUGUCUAGAUGCCUAUGGAUUGGACAGGGGCUUAAAAAAAUGUGAUGAUCUGAUUGAAGACUUCAGAGAGUGUGCUUUAAAAACAAAACAGUUCAAAAGAAUGUACGCCAUGCGAAACGAAAGGCACCGUCAACAUUUUGCUGGUGAGAGAACAUCAGAGAAUAAAUAUGCCAAAGGCCCUGCCUAUGACAGUUACUAAAUAAUUAAUUAUUGUAGAUGUUUUAGUUGUAAAUAAAUGUGUUAAAAGUU